AUGGCGACGGCGAUUCAUGACGGCAACGGCGACGCAGGUCAUUUUGGAGAAGUAGACAAAGUUGGGGUAGCAAACCAGACCAAUGCUGAGAAAAUGUUCGAAGCCGAGAAUGAGAAAGCCAGUGAUUUUGUUGAUGCAAGUACGUCUCUGCCUGUUAAGCUUGAGGCCAGCUGCGUUGGGGUACUGGUACACCCCAUUGUCAAGGCGAUGAAGGCUGAAGAGCAGCCAUUGCACUCCACCAAUGAGGAGACAUCCGAUGAGUUCUUGGAUGUAAAUUCAUCUGUACCUAUUGACCUUGAGGCCAAGAACGAUGAUGCAUCCUUCAUUACAGAGGUGAUGACGAAGGAGGAACAGCAGCUAUAUGAGGCUCGGCUUAAGGUAGAGGAAGAAGAGGCUAGAAAAAGAGAACAAGCGGCAAGACUUGCUUUAGAUCCUAAUGCAUGUUUUAGCAAGUUGGAUGAGCUGCUGACAGAGACACAGCUUUAUUCAGAAUUUCUACUUGAAAAAAUGGAGCAAUUUACAGAUAAUUUUGUUGAAGUUAAAGAUGAAGAGGAGUCUGUGGAAGACAAGAAGAAAGGAUGUGGCAGAAAGAGGAAAGUAAAUUCUAAGCCACAAUACAAUGAUAAGAAGGCUAAGACAGCAGUGGCUGCCAUGCUCACAAGAUCUCGUGAAGAUCGUUCUGCUUAUGAUGACGCUCUCACAGAAGAAGAAAGAUGGGAAAAAGAGCAAGCCAACCUUGUACCAUUAAUGACUGGCGGGCAGUUGAAAUCUUACCAGAUAAAGGGUGUGAAGUGGCUAAUAUCACUGUGGCAGAAUGGGCUGAAUGGGAUACUAGCUGAUCAAAUGGGCCUUGGGAAAACAAUCCAGACAAUUGGAUUUCUUACCCAUCUUAAAGGGAAUGGUAUGCAUGGUCCAUACAUGAUAAUUGCUCCUCUUUCCACUCUCUCAAAUUGGGUGAAUGAAAUCUCAAGGUUUGUUCCAUCUCUUACUGGCCUGAUUUACCAUGGAGAUAAAGUGGCUCGGGCAGAGAUAAGGAGAAAAUUCAGGCCCAAAACUGUUGGCCCCGAUUUCCCAAUAAUAAUUACUUCAUAUGAGAUGGCCAUGUCAGAUGCAAAAUUUCUUGCUCGUUAUAAGUGGAAAUAUGUUGUUGUGGAUGAGGGACAUCGGUUGAAAAAUUCUAAAUGUAAAUUAUUGAGAAAGUUAAAGCGCAUACCAAUGGCCAAUAAACUUCUUUUGACUGGGACACCUCUUCAGAAUAACCUGGCAGAAUUGUGGUCGUUAUUGAAUUUCAUUUUGCCUGAUAUAUUCUCGUCCCAUCAGGAAUUUGAGUCAUGGUUUGAUUUUUCUGGGAAAGGAGAUGAGGAACAGCAGGAAGAAGCUGAUGAGAAGAAAAGAGUCCUUGUUGUUUCAAAGCUUCAUGCCAUUUUGCGCCCAUUCCUUUUAAGACGGAUGAAGGUGGAUGUGGAACAGAUGCUUCCACGGAAGAAAGAGAUAAUCAUUUAUGCUAACAUGACUGCGCAUCAGAAGCAAAUCCAGACUCACUUGAUUGAAAAGACAUUUGACAACUACUUGUUUGAGAGCACAGACAUAGUGUUGCGGAGACCUGGCAUGAAGAUGAAGCUAAAUAACCUAAUGAUUCAGCUGAGGAAGAACUGUGCCCAUCCUGAUCUUUUCAAUGCUGCAUUUGACUCAACAAGCCUUUAUCCACCUACCGAUAAGCUUCUGGAACAAUGUGGUAAAUUUCAGCUGUUUGACAGGUUACUGGAGUCCCUACUCAAACGAAGGCACAAGGUUCUAAUAUUUUCACAGUGGACAAAAGUUUUGGACAUAAUAGAAUAUUAUUUGUAUAUGAAAGGCCUGAAUAUUUGCAGAAUUGAUGGUAGUGUUAAAUUAGAAGACAGGAUGAGACAGAUAGCAGAGUUUAAUGACUUGAACAGCAGUAUGAAUGUCUUUAUUCUGAGCACUCGUGCCGGUGGGCUUGGCAUCAAUCUUGCUUCUGCUGAUACAUGUAUCCUGUAUGACAGUGACUGGAAUCCUCAGAUGGAUUUGCAGGCCAUGGAUCGAUGCCACCGGAUUGGUCAAACGCGCCCAGUGCAUGUUUAUCGGUUGGCAACAUCCAACUCUGUUGAGGGACGGAUUAUCAAGAGAGCUUUUGGAAAGCUGAAGCUAGAGCACGUUGUGAUCGGGAAGGGACAGUUUGAACAAAAUAGCGCGAAGCCUAACGUCUUAGAUGAGGAGGAGCUGCUUGCGCUGCUGAGGGACGAGCGGGACGAGGAAGACAGGAUGAUCCAGACCGACAUCAGCGACGAGGACCUUUUGAAGGUGAUGGACCGGAGCGACCUCACCGGGCCGCCUGCCGCCGCCGAUGCCCCCCCUCUUAUCCCCCUGAAAGGGCCUGGCUGGGAGGUCGUGAUGGCCUCCAAGAGCGGUGGUGGCGUGCUCUCGGCGCUCACCAGCUGA